CACCGACGCGAACCCAAAAAAAAAAAGAAGAAAAAAAAAAGGUUCCAAUAACACCGUGGUCGUUACUCUCUCUACUCUCAGAAUCAGAAACCCCCAAAUUCGUAGAUUGAAGCUUCUCAAAACCCUAGUUCCUCCCACCAGAUCUCAAUCUCAUGGCUAAUAAAGAGUUCAAAGUCCCGCCGGUGGCUUUCCCCUCCGCCGGAAACCCCGCCGCGCCGGCCCCAAACCUCCAGCAGCGGCGCGUGCCCAAUCCGCCGUUCCAGCCGAACUCCGGCAUCCCCUUCAUGUCCUUCGACAUAGGCUCCGCCGCGGCGUCCACCUCCUCGGGGCCAAUAUACAGCGGCCCCGCCGUGGGCGGAGGUGGCGCCAACUUCGACGACGAGGAGCCGCUCCUGGACGAGCUCGGGAUCCACCCGGAGCAAAUCUGGAGCAAAAUCAGAUCCGUACUGAACCCGUUUCGGGUGAACCACUCGGUCCACAAAGACUCGGAUCUAUCGGGCCCAAUUCUUCUGUACAUGUCCCUUUGCCUCUUCCAAUUACUCGCGGGGAAGAUCCAAUUCGGCGUCAUAUUGGGCUGGAUCGUCGUCUCUUCAAUCUUCCUUUACGUCGUUUUCAACAUGUUGGCCGGUCGAACCGGUAACCUUGAUUUGCACACCUGCACCAGCGUCGUCGGUUACUGCAUGUUGCCGGUGGUCAUCUUCUCCGCGCUCUCGCUCUUUUUACCGGUCGACGGGGUCAUUCGCCUUUCGGUCGCUGCGGUUUUCGUGUUGUGGGCGACGAAAGCUUCCACGGGGCUCGUCGUGUCGCUCGCCGACGGCGGCGACGAGCAUCGCGGCCUCAUAGCGUACGCGUCUUUCUUGAUUUACACUCUGUUUUCGUUGCUUGUGAUAUUCUAGGGUUGUCGUUGGCGCUGAGAUUUUUGGAUUGGAUGUUCGGUGGUUUUACUUCUUCCUGCAUUUUGAACCUUGUAAUUUUUUGGUGUAGUCGUGUUACGAAAUAGGAAAUGGAGUUAUCGCCCUUGAUUAAAAGGUUGUGUUUAAAAUAGUUGUUCCUGGGUUCACUUGCGGGUGUGUGUUGUGGAAGUAUAUAUAUACUUGCUUUUUUGUUCUGAUUUUGGCAGAUCUUCUAGCAAUUAAGGUUUUUGUAUGUGGCUGUUUGGUGCUAGAAAAUCAUGGGUCUAAUUGGAAGUGUAAGAUGUUAUUAGCAUAGUA